AUGAUUGGUGACCCAGUUUAUGACAGUGGCGAGGGUCUCGAGGAGGAGGUGGUCUCUGGAGAUACUAGGGUUGCGCUGGUUCUGCGACGGGCUUUUGUGAGAAUAUCAUCUCAGCAGAGGCAGUCCGAAAAUUGGGCAUUCAGACAGAGAAACAUCCCAAACAAUUAUGUUUGGUGUGAUGUGGUUGCCAUGGAUGCAUGUCAUUUAUUGUUGGGGAGACCUUGGCAAUUCGAUCGAACGGUCAUGCAUGAUGGGCGAAAUAAUACUUAUAGUUUUAUGUUCGAGAGUGUUAAAAUUGUGUUACAGCCCAGCUGUGGUGUAGAGACGGCAAAACCAGUGGAGAGUAGCACUAACUUGCUGUCCCUGGCAAAAUUUGAGGAGGAGCUGCAGAGUGCAGAAACUAUGUAUGUGUUGAUUGGGAAAGAAACAGUCGACGAAUCUGCAGUACCAGAAGAAGUCGCACCGCUUUUGGCUGAAUUUGCAGAUGUGUUUCCGGAUGAUUUACUGUCCGCUUUGCCGCCAUUGCGUGAUAUUCAACAUCACAUUGAUCUGGAACGGGGGGCAACCUUGCCUAAUAGACCUCACUACAGGAUGAGCCCUACGGAACAUGAGGAGUUGCGGCGACAGGUGGAGGAUUUGGUUGCUAAGGGACAUGUGCGUGAGAGUAUGAGCCCAUGUGCAGUACCAGCACUUCUAACACCUAAGAAGGAUGGGACUUUUCGAAAGUGUGUGGACAGUCGAGCAAUUAAUAAAAUCACAGUCAGGUACCGUUUUCCUAUCCCACGACUGGAUGAUUUACUUGAUUAG